AUGGCGAUCAAUGUGAAGGUGAUGCAUCUAGUAGGGCUCUGGAAUCAUCACUGGCAGAACAAACGCAGUUGGCGUUACUUCGCGUACUUUGGUUACGCUCUCUUCAUGGUCUUCAUCUUGACAGUUCAUUCAGUCAGUGUGGUGCUGGAGCUCUGUUUCAGCUGGGGAGACUUCACAAGCUUCGCUAACACCGCUUGGUACGCCAGCAACUUCGGCGCUUCUGUCAUCAAACAGCUCUUCAUCCUGACCCAGACGGAGCGGGUUCAGAGCGUGACUAUGAAACUGAGAGGAGGCAUCCUGUCGAGCGGGUUGAGGUGGUCCACGGAGCAGGAGGAAAUCUCCCGAAAUACCAAUCGGCAAGCGAGGCGCCUGUCCAUAAUGUACUACACGGUUGCAGUUACCUCCGUCUUGUGUGUCAUUCUUCUCGGUCUGCGCACCAGCUACCGCCAGUUGUCUGGAGCCGUGAACAGCGCCAACGCCGACGCCGACGCCAACAAAACUAUGGAACUGCCUCUGAAGGCUUGGUAUCCAGUGGACACCCAGCAACCUGGGAACUACUUGCUUAUGUUCAUAUUCCAGUUGAUUGUUGUGACCGUAGGCCCAAUGGUGAACAUAGGCACCGAUACCUUCCUCAUGAGUCUCAUGAUCCACGCGUGUGGCGAGUUUCGCGUCCUCAAGAAGUCACUCAGAAGUCUCAAGCAGAGGGCGGUGCAGCUACAAGACGAAGACACCAGCAUCAGGUCGCUAUACCCACCUCAGCGCUUCAGUGUUGUAAAGUAUGUUUCAGAUCUUGAGGACAUGUUCAGUUCCAUGAUGUUUAUCCAGUUUCUGUCUAUCUCUCUGAGGAUAUGCCUCAUGAUAUUCCUCAUUACUCUGACAGGUGACAAAGGGCUGGCUCAGCUGACCUACUUCCAGCUCCUGUUUGUAUCGUUCCUUCAAGGGCUACCCUUCUGCUGGUACGGCAGCGAACUAACUUACCAGAACGAAUCCGUCGCCCGCGUCGUUUUCGAGACGCCCUGGUUGGAAGCGUCGCUUCAUUUCCGAAGGUUACUCAUGAUUGUGGUCAUUCGCGCCCAAACCACCCUCCAUCUCACAGGAGGAAAGAUUUACAUCAUGUCCCUGGAAACAUUUCAAGCUACAGGUGAAGGACGCAACAGCGUGAAAGUCACUGCGGAACUGUACAACGGGCUGGAAGGAUCUUGUGAUGCAGCUCUUGUCGGGUUGGAAGCAAUAUGUGUGUGGAUUGCCUUGAGAACGUGGACACGAAUUGAUGGCAAACGCAGUGUGGCGCUGAUGUUGAAGGAAAUCAUUAUAGGCUCUACUUCGAAAUAUCCUUUUGUGUUAGAUUUAUGUUAA